ACAGUGACAAAAUAUAUGUGCGUGUCGGUGUAUAUAUGUUAUUCACUUGUCACUUCAUUACUAGUGGGAGUAGUGUCGCUGAAAUCUUCCUACGAUGGCGGCCGACUUGGUGAAUCCUCGGGGCAUCACGUGAACGCGUUAGAGGCGUCCGCCUGCUCGGCCGCAUGGUGGGCCGGUCGUGACGUCACGCGACUGGGGCAACAGCGGGCGCGCGGGAGCGUCGAGGUCGAGGGUGUGGUGCACAUGCGCCGGUCGCGUCGACUCAAGAUUCGUGAAGAAUGCAGAGUCUUUCAUAUGUCAGACACACAGAUCAAAGAAGUGAUGAGCAGGCUUCAUAAUGAACUGGUCAGGGGGCUCGGCAAAAAUACUCAUUCAAAAGCCUCUGUGAAAUGUUGGCUUACUUACAUACAAGAUUUACCAAAUGGAAAAGAACGUGGUAAAUUUCUGGCAUUAGAUUUAGGUGGAACUAAUUUCAGGGUUUUAAUAAUAAAUUUAGGUGAUAACCAUUUCGACAUGCAGUCAAAAAUUUAUGCCGUACCUAAUCAUAUCAUGACCGGCACAGGCGUUGCUCUAUUUGAUCAUAUAGCUGAGUGUUUAGCUAAUUUUAUGAAGGAGCACGAGGUCUAUGAUGAGCGUUUAGCGCUCGGUUUUACAUUUAGUUUUCCACUAAAACAAACUGGUCUUACGAAAGGUAUCUUACAACGUUGGACCAAAGGCUUUUCUUGCUCAGGAGUGGUCAAUGAAGAUGUGGUACAAGCAUUGAAAGAUGCUAUCUCAAGACGUGGGGACAUACAAAUUGAUGUAUGUGGAAUACUGAAUGACACCACGGGUACACUCAUGUCCUGCGCAUGGAAAAACCACAACUGCAAAAUAGGACUAAUAGCUGGUACGGGAAGCAAUGCUUGUUAUGUAGAAAAAACGGAGAAUUGCGAGUUAUUUGAAGAAAAUAACGGCAAACUACAGAUGCUCAUCAACACAGAAUGGGGCGCGUUCGGAGACGACGGUUCGCUGGACUUCAUCAGGACAGAGUUUGACCGUGAAGUCGACACUCAUUCUAUUAACCGCGGUAAACAGAUUUUCGAAAAGAUGAUAGCCGGCAUGUACUUGGGAGAAAUAGUACGUUUAGCACUGGAGAAAUUAACAAGAAUGGACCUACUCUUCGAUGGAAGAGGAUCAGAUUUACUCUUUAAGAGAAAUAGUUUCUAUACCAAAUAUGUUUCGGAGAUUGAAUCUGACUUGCCCGGAGAAUUCACAAGUUGCAGAGACGUGCUCGAAGAACUUGGAUUGGCACAUGCGACCGAGGCUGACAUGGCGGCAGUGAGAUACGUAUGUGAAUGCGUAUCGCGGCGAGCCGCGCACCUGGUAUCGGCUGGCAUCGCCACACUCCUUAACAAGAUGAACGAUCCCGUGGUGACGGUUGGCAUCGACGGCUCCGUGUACCGUUUCCAUCCACACUUCCACACUUUAAUGUGCGAAAAAAUCGAGUAUUUAGUUCGGCCGGGUAUAACGUUCGACUUAAUGCUGUCGGAAGAUGGGAGUGGACGCGGUGCUGCACUAGUGGCUGCAGUAGCGUGCCAUCAGAGUCAGCAACAGGGCGCAUAAGGAAUGUCACCCUAAUACUCAGCAAUCUCUCCACCGAAGAUUUCUGGUAUCCUGCCUCUUUGUAUGAACCACAUGAAAAUAUUUGUGCUAAAUAAAGUACUGGACACAAGUGCUGGUGCGUACGAAACGUUCACUUGUGUUAUUUUAGAAGUAAAGCCGAAUUUUAUUUUUAAAAGUUGAAAAUUAGGGUUUUAUUAACUUAUUAGGGGGAAAAUAUACAUUUAAAUCCAGAUAAUUAUAUUUUAUAAAUGUGUAAAAAUGUUUUUGUAUGAAUAACCCAAAUAGGCUAGGUACUGUACAGUAUAAUAUAUAUGCCUCUUAACUAAGUCGUUAUGUCAAAAGUCUGUGGAAAUACCUGUACUAAAUUGCGUUUGUACAUAUUCAAUGACCGAUUAGGGCCCAUAACUUUUUUAAAUAUUAUUGUCUUUGCUUACAAUAGUUAGAGAGGUACCUAAAUCAGGAUACAAAAUAUCAUAUUUUUAAUUUUUUAAAAUUUCUAUUAGGUACCAGGGUAUUGAAAUUAUUAUUUUAGCAUUAUAAAAUUAUGGUCUAGUUAGAAUAGCUACGGCACGUUUAGUUAAAAAAAAAAAAUCAUUUCUUAAUAUUGAUUUGAACUAUAUUUAAUUAAGAUAGGCACUAAGAUAAAAUGUCCGGCCGAUGCAUUAAAUAUAAAAAUUAAGAAUACACGGCGUACUUAUAAAAAUACCUAUCUAGUCACAUAUAAAGUGAUUCAGUAUAGGAGUUGGCUAUUUAAGCUAUAUUAUUCUUAUUUCUUAUGUUCCGUUUGGACACGAUCUUUGUCUACUUCGUUUUUCCUUCUUUUAUUAUUUUAGAAGACUGAUUUAAAUAACAAAGUACCAUCAUAGAUACCAUUAUUAAAAGCACAUGAAUUUUGUCAACAUAUUGUUAUAAAUGUUAUAGUAUGAUUGAUAUAAUGCGCAAUAACAUUUACUUACAUUGCAUUUGUUUGCGAGUGCCUAUCUUAGCCAGAAUGCUUGUCAGAAUUAUAGGUACUUUGGGCCAAACCAAUAAUUUAGAAAACCAUAGUUAUCAAUGAAUAAUGUGUUAUGUUAGCAAUAAGUAGUUUUAUAGAGAUGUAUUUUUAAUAGCUUGUACAAUGUGUUAAAUAAUUUCGGGUAAAUAUUUAUAAAUUUAAUUUGAUGUAAUAAUAUUUAAGUAUUUAUUAAUAUAAUAAAUACUUUAUAUAUCAUUACAUUACUUUAAAUGCUCUGUUAAAGUAAUAAUAAAUCUAUAUUAUAUUUACACCUAAUCUAACAUCGUAAAUAUGCGCAUUCUAUAAAAGUAUGAAUAUGUAUAUCAAACAAGAUAAUUAUACAAUGGAAUUACGCGCGCGCAUCUUAAAAUGAUGUAUAUAUUGUGUACUUAUAAUGUUAGUACAAUUGUAUGUAGCAUAGCAUAUAACUAUUUCAAUCAUUCCAUUUGCUAACCAAUGGACAUAAUUUCCUUGUAUGCAUACUGAAGUCAUAUCAACAAGGUAGAAUAGUAACUAAACCGUGUUAUCUAUAAUACCUUUUAAAACUUUCCUAUAGGUGUAUAUACGAAUAUUAUGAUGUUUAAUAAAGAACUACAAAUAUUGUCAGAUUCCAGUUAUAAUUAAGCAUUGUUUAGGUAAUUUAUUAGGUAUUAAAUUCCGGUUUUCGAUAAUAUAUUAGGAUCUAUAAUUUUUUUCUUUUAAGCGGGUGAUUAAAAAUUUCGUUUUCAAAAUAAAUUGUAUCAGUACUUUAUAAAACAUUAUAUUAUACACAAUAAGAUCGCACAGAGUAAUCACAAUGAACUUGGAAUAAAUAUACUUAAAAUUUAAUUUUUAAUUACUUUUAAGUUUGAUAUUUUUCUGUGAUAGUACUAGGAAUUAUUAUUAUGAAUAAAUGUUUGUUUAUCAACUUUAUUUUUUUUUAUAUUGAAUAAAAAAAUUGGCUACCUCAAGUUAGUUUUGAAUUAGAAUGGUGUGUCGAUGUAGUUAAAACUACAGAAUUGCAAAAGUUUGUGAGAAUUUUAUAUGAUAACUACAAUAAACUAAAUAGAUUAGAUACAUCAAAAAAUCUUUGUAACGAAUUUAUAUAAUUUUUCUUUUGUUACAAUCUAUUUUAUAGUUAAUAAUAAAAUAUUAAUGCUUCAUUAUAUAUAUGACAUUUUACAAUUAAUUUACUCAGCAUGCUAUGCAAAUUGUAUGUUAAUAUAUCAACCAUAAUUUUACUUUAAAAUUAUCUACUUAUUAACAUGAAAUAUUGUUUUAAAUACCUACUUACAAUAACCUUUUUAAAUUUUUGUAAUUAAGAAUACGUAUAAAAAAAAACAAAGUAGGAAGGCACCUACAUAAUUACUGAAGCACCUCUGAGCGGCUAAUUAAUCGCUUGCUGGUACCAUUAAUUUAGAACAUAAUAGUUCGUAUUUCGUUUGUUCGAAAUAGCUGACCACAACAAGGUUUAAUUUUAAUUACCUAACCGAAAAUUGUGUUAGUAUGAUUCGAAGAAUAAAUGGAAUAUCUUAUAAAAUAAUACUCCUAGGAACUUCAAAAAAGUAUGUCACAUAUAAUCUACAAAUCCUCAAGCCCUCGAGCUAGGAUAACCUGUGUUAUAAGGAAACAGGAAAAGAAUAUCUGAGAGCAUGUCUGUUAUAACUAGACCCGAAACAAUUUAGAAAAUUUUAUUUUCUAUUAGGCUCGACUUACAAUCGAACCUGGGACUUCACUACGCAAGGAAAUGUGCUUACUGCUGCACCACUGAACUUGUCAAACAAAAACAAAGUGACAGUGCGAUAUUAUAGGUAAUUUGAUUUCUCCAGAGGUUUUCUUUGUAAAUACCUCUGGAGUAAUACCUAAUGAUAAACUCUUUUCGCCAGAUGUGUAAUAAACAACCUAUCAAAUAUUUAUUAGCCACUAUAUUUACUAUGUAACGUAUAAGUUUCGAUUUAAAGAACAAUAUGGCCGAUUUUACAUUUCACAAAUAUUACACAUUUAGAAUUUUAGUAUUUACACCAAUUCUAUAAUUAUACAUACUACAGCAAUUGUGUUACUCUCAGAUUUCCAGAUGUUGUGUUACUUUCAUCACAACGACAGUGGAGAAAUGCCUCUGACUAUCCCAUUAGAGAUAGAUAAAUAAAUAACUUAUACUCUUUACUGUUGCAUUCAAAAUUAUUACAAUCGUGAACAUAUUUUAAAAACAUGUAGCUAGAAAAUUAAAAUUUUGUAAUGAUAUUACCAUUGUUGAUAAUGAAUAAAUGUAUGUUGACCA